AUGUAUAUAAAUCGUCUGCUACUCGCACUUGCGGUAGUACUGUUCUCAGUACUUGUGCUUGCAGCAGAAGAUUACUACAAAGUGCUUGGUCUGGACAAGUCGGCUUCCGAGAAAGACAUCAAGCGUGCGUAUCGUACGCUCAGCAAGAAGUACCACCCAGAUAAGAACCCUAAUGACGAAUCGGCUCGUGAGAAAUUCGUCGAAAUUGCAGACGCAUACGACGUCCUUUCCACCUCCUCCCUCCGCAAGAUCUACGAUCAAUAUGGACACUCCGGCGUCGAACAACAUCGUAAAGGGGAACAGGCCGGCGGCCGCGGUGACCCCUUUGAUCUAUUCUCGCGCUUCUUCGGCGGUGGUGGACACUUUGGACACUCGUCCGGUGCGCGCCGUGGGCCGGACAUGGAAGUGAAAGCGCAAUUACCACUUCGGGAUUUCUACACGGGUCGCGAGAUCACGUUCCUGGUUGAGAAGCAGCAAAUAUGUGAUGCAUGCGAAGGGUCGGGAUCGCGGGAUCACAAGGUCGAGACUUGUGAUCGGUGCAAUGGACGGGGAAUGGUGAUUCAGAAACAUAUGCUUGCGCCGGGCAUGUUCCAGCAGGUUCAGAUGGCUUGUGACAAGUGCGGAGGGCAAGGGAAGCAGAUUAAGAAUCCGUGUCCGGUUUGUAAAGGGGCGCGGGUUGUUAGAAAAAGUGUUGAGACGACUGCUGAGAUCGAGCCGGGCAUGGACCGGGGACAUCGGCUUGUGUUUGAAAAUGAGGCUGAUGAGAGUCCGGACUGGGUUGCUGGUGAUUUGAUUGUGAUUCUUGAUGAGAAGGAGGCGGAGUUGGGGGUUGAGGAGACGGAGAGGACUGAUGGGACUUUCUUUAGGAGGAAGGGAAAGGAUCUUUAUUUCAAGGAGACGCUUUCUUUGAGAGAGGCCUGGAUGGGUGGGGGGGAUGUUGUGCAGCCCUUGGCUGUUGAGACGGUGAAGGGGGAGGGGAUGCCGUCGUACUCUGUUGGUGGGCUGCAUGAUCAUGAUCACCGGGAGGGUGACGAUGAGCCCGGCAAUCUCUACGUUGAGUAUGUGGUUGUUUUACCGGACGAGAUGGAGAGUGGUAUGGAAAAAGAUUUCCAUGCAUUGUGGGAGAAGUGGCGCAAGAAGAUCGGUGUCGAUCUGGCUACUGAUAGCGGUCGACCGAUGCCUCCGCCGGCGGAGAUGAAGGAUGAGCUGUGA